UUUCAGUCUGUCUUCUGCCUGGAAGAAAACUAUUCGAUCUAUCCACAAGCAUCCAAAGGAGAGGAAUUGAUGGAAAUAUCAGUGCUGUUACCAGGAUUUGUAUUUAUAUCAGCCUUAGAUUUGUUGAGAAAGAGGUGAUGAAGGUUGGACGGCGGGGGACAAUGGUAUGAGACGAUGGUCCCGGCUCGGAACCUCCACCGCCGGCACUACGACAGCUAUGGAGGCUGUUGCUCCGAUUUCGAACCCAAAACCCCUUCCUUAAGAUCCAAUCCCAUGGCCGAAGAGCCCUCCCAUGCCCCGACCAGCCGACCUGAAGACGACAACCACGACGAGGACGAAGAGGUGGCGGAGACCAGCAGCAGGUCCAAGAACUGGCUCCAAUUAGGCCUCGGCCAACCGGCGACUCCCUCUCGCCAUCAUCAGGGACUGACCGAGCUCGAGCUGUUCACCGAUAGACCCUCGUCCUCGUCAUCGCCUUCGCCAUCCGAUCCCCGUGCCAUUGCUCGCCCCUUGGUGUCCGCCACGCCUUCCCUCAUGGUGCCGGUGCUGCCGUGGCUGGGGCCGCACCAAGGGCUGAGUUACUGCUGGCAGGAGGCUACGCCGCCGCCGCCGCCGCCGCCGCCGCCUUCGUGGGGGUUCUGGAGUGGUGGACCGACGAUGGGGAGCAGCUCGAAAGCGCCGCCGGUGAUGCCUGAGUUUGUGGCCCGGCAAUUCAUGUGCCCGGCGGGGAGUUCGAGUCCGUUGGUGGCGGGCGGGGCCGACUUGAGGGUGGUUAGCCCGCCGCCGAGGCCGCAGACCGGCAUCUGGUUCGUGCUCCAGGCGGCACAAAACCAGGGAAGAGAGCCUUUUUUGCCUCAGAUACCAAAGAGCUACUUGAGGAUUAAGGAUGGGAGGAUGACUGUUAGGUUGUUGAUGAAGUAUUUGGUGAACAAGCUGGGACUGGAGGAUGAGUCAGAGGUAGAGAUCACAUGUAGAGGACAAUUGCUUCUUCCCUAUUUGACCUUGCAACAUGUUCGAGACAGCGUAUGGUGUUUAAGGGAGGCAGUGACAUUGAUGCCGGACUCACCGAGCACAACUCGUGUGAUGACAUUGGAGUAUGGCAGGAGUGCGUAGAUUUAUUUCUGCAUCAUUCUCAUGUGUAAUUAAGCACUCCACUGAGUUCUUUUUCUUGUUCUUAACUUUGGUUCAUGCUUUCUGCUUUGUUCUUUCUCAUCUAAUUCAUUGAGAAAUAGCUUGGAAAUACCGCAAUUUUUGGGGAGAGAUGACAACAUCGACGGUGUAUUUCCGAGCCAUCUUGGCUUGAUAAUUCUUCAGCUUUUUUAACUCACUAAUUUCAAUUCCUGCUGCUACUUUUA